AAAUAAAGGCGCAGAGAGAAGAAAUGGCAGGGGAGACUAUUGAUGUUUGUCGGAGAAGAGUACAGGUGUCACUGUCCUAAUGGCAACGUCGUAUGCUUGGUGGUGCCCACCGGUGCAGAGGUAGGAGUCGAAGAAAAUAUUACUGGUUCUUGAUGAGGACUUGACUUUAGGGAUCACAGAUUCUUUAGCAGGAUUCGUAAUGUGGCUGCAAUGCUCGGUUUCCAUGGUGGUGGAAGUUUUGAUUUUUAACUGCGAAUGGUCAAGUCCAGCUCUUCAGCCAUUGACAAAAGUUCGCAUAGAAACAAGGUCAGGGACCUCUUUGCCUUGUUUCCUGAUUGAAGCAAGCCUAUGGCUUCUGUUUCGCUUAUUAGACUGUAGUGUCCAUGCUCCUCGUCCCGCUUUUGAGUGUGGCUCAUGAAUGCAAAAGGAAAUUUCUUCAAUUUUUAUCCUGCCACAAGCAGCUCUUGACAGCUAUCCUGCAAUGUCCUUUCGAGCCAGUGCAGGAGAAAAAGCUGCGUAUAAGAUAUCCCAUGGAAACUUGCAAAACUUUGACUCUUUAUAUCCAAUCCAUGGGAAAAACAUAUGUUGUAUUUGUUGGACGCGAACCGGGAAUUUAUGAAACAUGGGUAGAAGCUUCUGAUCAUGUUAUUCGCUUUAAGGGCGCUAUAUACAAAUCUUUCAAAAGUAGAGAGGAGGCAGAAAAAGCUUUUGAGGCAUACUUAGAUAAAAAAUCUGCACCAACUUCCUUUGCACCAAGUCGAAAUGAAAUAUCAUGUGCAACUUCAAGUUCAAGGUCAAGUUCAAAUUUAGAGAGAAAACUUUCAAAAGCUGAAAAAAUUAUUAAGUUGAAAGAUGCAUUGAAAGAGUUAGAACGUCAAUUGGAUUCUCUUAUGAUUAGUGAUGAUAAUGAUGAUGAUUAG